AUGGCUGCGGCAGCUCAAGCUCUCACCGAGCAGACGCGGUCACUCUUCGGCGAUGACUUUGGCACAGCAAUCGACCUGACUACGGACAUCCCUCCCAUUUCGACAUCCUACAAGCGAAAAGUCGAAUAUGAGAGUGUCCGGGAGCUGCCCAAGGCUCUUGCAGAGAAACAGGCCAAAGCAGCGGCAUCGCGAGGGCCAAAGAGGCCGAAAGUUCAAGCAGGUGGGAACAAUCAGCUCGCUUUGGUCAGGAGUGAAGGAAAACCCAAUGCCGAAUCGCAGGCAGGAUCGGCAGGCAAUGGGGUCGGAAACAGCCUGAUACGAAGACCGAACAUGCAGCAAUCACGGCCGGAGUGGCACGCGCCUUGGAAGCUGAUGAGAGUGAUAUCGGGUCAUCUGGGUUGGGUGCGCGCAUUGGCCGUCGAGCCGGACAAUAAAUGGUUCGCUUCUGGGGCAGGCGAUCGAACGAUCAAGAUUUGGGAUCUAGCAACAGGACAAUUACGACUCACACUGACCGGCCACAUCUCGACGGUGCGGGGACUAGCCGUCUCGCCGCGACAUCCUUACCUUUUCUCCUGCGGCGAGGACAAGAUGGUCAAGUGCUGGGACUUGGAGACUAACAAAGUAAUCCGUCACUACCACGGUCACCUGUCGGGCGUGUACACACUCUCUCUGCAUCCCACACUCGAUGUACUCGUCACUGGCGGUCGUGAUGGCGUCGCUCGUGUCUGGGACAUGCGCACGCGCUCCAACAUCCAUGUGCUCAGUGGCCACAAGGGCACCAUCUCGUCAGUGAAAUGCCAGGAAGCAGACCCGCAGGUCAUUACCUCGAGCCUUGACAGCACCGUACGACUGUGGGACCUCGCAGCCGGAAAAUCCAUGGGCGUGUUGACACACCACAAGAAGGGCGUACGCGCGCUCGCUGUCCAUCCCAAGGAAUUCACCUUUGCAUCUGGAUCAGCUGGGUCCAUUAAGCAGUGGAAAUGCCCCGAGGGCGCAUUCAUGCAGAACUUCGAUGGGCACAAUGCCAUCAUCAAUACUCUCGCAGUCAACGAAAACAAUGUUCUUUUCAGCGGUGGUGAUAAUGGGAGUGUGUCGUUCUGGGAUUGGAAGACUGGUCAUCGCUUUCAGACCACCGAGUCACUUGCGCAGCCGGGCUCGUUGGAUGCUGAGGCUGGUAUCAUGAGCACUACUUUUGAUCAGACUGGUUCGCGUCUCAUCAUGGGCGAGGCUGAUAAGACUAUCAAGAUCUGGCGCGAGGAUCCUGAUGCCACACAGGAGACGCAUCCCUUGGAUUGGAGACCUACUCUUGGAAGAGUGAAGUAUUGA